AUGGAGGAGGACCCCAAACCUGCAGCAGCUGCAGCUCCACCGUCCAGUGAAGGCGUGAAGGUCACAACUUCGGGAUUGACGAAGCAGCAACAACAAAGAGUAGCGGCUCACAGCCACAUUCGUUCCCUGGGCUUGGCAGCAGAUGGCACCGCAUUGCCACAGGGGGGAGGUAUGGUGGGUCAGCUGGAGGCGAGGGAGGCUGCCGGCAUUAUUGUGGAUUUGAUAAAGGCUCGCAAGCUAGCUGGUCAAGCGUUGCUGUUGGCGGGGCCUGUGAGUUCUGGGAAGACGGCAUUGGCGAUGGGCAUAUGCGGACAGUUGGGGACGGGGGUUCCUUUUGUGCCGCUGGCGGCGUCGGCUGUCUACAGCAGUGAAGUGAAAAAGACAGAAGUGCUCCUUGAGCACUGUAGAAGAGCUCUAGGCCUUCGUAUUCGAGAGGUUAAAGAGGUGUUUGAGGGAGAGGUUGUUCAGCUGGCCGCCGAGGAGGCUGAAAACCCUCAUGGGGGCUUCGGUAUUGUGAAGCGCGUGGGCCGCAGUGAUGCGUUUGCGACGGAGUUUGACCUCGAGGCUGAGGAUUUCGUCCCGGUUCCCAAAGGCAAUGUGGAAAAGAAGAAAGAAGUCGUUCAAACUGUAUCCCUGCAUGACCUUGACGUCGCUAACUCCAAACCACAGGUCCACAUGCUGGAUAUCGAAUGCUUCUCCUUCCUAAAUCGCGUUCUGGAGUCGCCGAUGAGUCCUAUAAUCAUUUUUGCUACCAAUCGGGGAGUCAGCACCGUACGUGGCACGGAUUCGGUAGAGCCUCACGGCAUGCCCGUGGACCUUCUUGACCGCCUGCUUAUUAUAAAAACACAGCCAUACACCGUUUCGGAAGUGGUGCAAGUGAUACAGCUACGUGCAGCGGUAGAGCGCGUUAGCCUCUCUCCCGGUGCGCUGGAAGCCAUCGGAGAGAUCGGCGCACAGACAUCUUUGCGCUUUGCGCUGCAACUUUUGGAGCCCUGCCGUCUUGCAGCGGAGGCUAGGGGUUCAGAAAUAGUCGAGGCGAGUGAUGUUGCGGACGUCGACGCCUUAUUCCUCGAUGCCAAGGCCUCUGCGCUGAGGCUUGCGGAACAGGCGCAUCGCUUCCCCUCCUAG